CCGCAGAAGCUUAACUCAAACUUGAAGCGGCCUGCCUGCCGACCCUUUUGCUCUGCAUGCAGAGACACAGGGUAGUCUGAGCUCAGAUGACUUCUUCCGGCGACCGGAGCCUCGAAGACCCCGGCAGCAGCUUGGUGGCGGGAACCCAUUUCGUCAAAAUCAUCCUCCAUGCCACCCUUCGUGACGAAAUACUUCUGAUUCCUGGUAGAUUCGUUAGAACUUAUGGAGAGAGUUUGUCCACCUCCGCGACUUUGAAGGUCCCGAGUGGUGCGACGUGGACGGUGGAUGUGGUUAGGGACGAAAUUGGGGUCUGGUUCAGCAAUGGAUGGGGUGAAUUCGCGGAGUCUCACUCCUUGGAAUUUGGUCAUUUCUUGGUUUUCGAGUACGAGGGUUGCUCCAGAUUCUCUGUAGUCAUAUGUGAUAGAACCGGUGCAGAGAUUGCAUACCCGAUUCGUACAACUUGUGAAGCGAAUCUCGAAGAAACUGAGGAUUUCUUUGGUGCAGGCAUAAGAAAGAGGUCUGAAUCUCUAUCUGAGGUCACUAAGCCUCAAGUUAAGAACAAGAUGAUGGUGAUGAGGGGUAGUAUUUCCAGUGGAAAUGCUGCUAAAAUGGGAUCCUGGUCGCGGAUCGUGUUACCGACUAAUGGGUUCAACUCAUCCCGGGUUGAUGAUGAACAAGAGGAUGAGUCUACGAGGACGAUCUCUGAGGAGCCCUCGCGCUCGAGGAAAUGCAGGGUUAGUACGGGAUUCACUUCGCCACAUCCUUUCUUUGAAGUUCAAAUCACUCCAAGCAUGUCAAAGAGGCAAAUGCAUGUACCUCAUAGCUUUUCAUCGAGUCACAUCGCACAAGAUGAGAAGGCGGUGCAGAUCCAGGUUAGGGAUGGAAACAGCUGGUCCUUGGCACUGAUUAGGAAGAAGAGAAACAAGUAUGUGAUGUUUGGUGGUGGCUGGGAUAGGUUCAUGAAGGAUAACUCAGUGAAGCCAGGGGACAUUUGCAUUUUCGAAUGCCUACGGAGGUGGACUAAUGUCCUGAUGCAAGUUACCAUAGUAAAAGAUGUUUAAUUAGAUAGGCAUGUUGUACUUUUUAAAAUGGAAAAUCAUCUCUUGACUGUUUCCAGCUUCCUGCUGGAUAUAUGCUAAGUUCAAUACUUUGGGGGGUAUGGUGUGAUUUACAGUUUUCUUCAGUUCCUUCUCUGUAAAGCUAAAAGCAUUAUGCCUUUUUCCGAG